GCGGGUGGACGGCGGGGGUGGUUCCGUGACGCGACUCGAGGGCGGUCUUCGGGCGCCCGCCGCUUUCCUCCCUUCGGGUCUCGGAAGUCCGUGCCAGUGACCGGAGGCGGCGGUGGCAGGAGCUGGUUUCCGCGGCCUAGAAAAAUCUUGCAAAAAUGUCUCUGUACCCAUCUCUUGAAGACCUGAAGGUAGACAAAGUAAUUCAGGCUCAAAGUGCCUUUUCUGCAAACCCUGCCAACGCAGCAAUUUUGUCUGAAGCUUCUGCUCCCAUCUUUCAAGAUGGAAAUCUCUAUCCUAAAUUGUAUCCGGAGCUCUCUCAGUACAUGGGCUUGAGUUUAAAUGAAGAGGAGAUACAUGCAAAUAUGGCCAUGGUCCCUGGAGCACCAACUCAGGGGCAGUUGGUAGCAAGAUCUUCCAGUAUGAACUACAUGGUGGCUCCUGUAACUGGUAAUGAUGUUGGAAUUCGUAGAGCAGAAAUUAAGCAAGGGAUUCGUGAAGUCAUUUUGUGUAAGGAUCAAGAUGGAAAAAUUGGGCUCAGGCUGAAAUCUGUAGAUAAUGGUAUAUUUGUCCAGCUAGUCCAGGCAAAUUCUCCAGCCUCGUUGGUUGGUCUGAGAUUCGGGGACCAAGUGCUCCAGAUCAAUGGGGAGAACUGUGCAGGCUGGAGCUCUGAUAAAGCACACAAGGUGCUCAAACAGGCUUUUGGAGAGAAGAUUACUAUGACAAUUCGUGACAGGCCCUUUGAACGAACAAUUACUAUGCAUAAGGAUAGUACUGGACACGUUGGUUUUAUCUUUAAAAAUGGAAAAAUAACAUCCAUAGUGAAAGAUAGUUCUGCAGCCAGAAACGGUCUUCUCACAGAACAUAACAUCUGUGAAAUCAAUGGACAGAAUGUCAUUGGGUUGAAGGACUCUCAAAUUGCAGACAUAUUGUCAACAUCUGGGACUGUAAUUACUAUUACAAUCAUGCCUGCUUUUAUCUUUGAACAUGUUAUUAAGCGGAUGGCACCAAGCAUUAUAAAAAGCCUGAUGGACCACACCAUUCCUGAGGUUUAAAAGUCAUGGCACAAUGGAAACUUCGCUGAACUUCUCCAGUUUACUUCUUUGGCAACUUAACUUUAUAUUAUGCACAUGAAGCUUUCUAGGAGCCAGAGAGCAUAUGCUGCAUGAGGACCUUCUAGCUCACAUUAUGGCUGGGGAUCUCUGUUUGAUCUGAUACCUUGUUCAGACUUCAAGAUAGUUAUAGCCUUAUCCUGGUUUUACAGAUGUGAAACUUUGAAAAGAUUUACUGACUUUCAUAGAAUAGUUUCUUUACUGGCAACCUGAUGCUUUUAUAAGCCAUUAUCAUUAGAAUGACUGAUGCAGGCUUAGCUUUCUUAGAACUUUUAUCGUAGGUAUCAAGUAAUGCUGUUCAUAUUACUUUAGUUUAUUUGCAUUUUUACUGUUAACCAUAGUAUAUUUAGAAUGAUGGCUUUUGAUAGUUUUUUUUUUUUAGUGUGUGUGUGUGUGUGUGUGUGUGUGUGUGUGUGUGUGUGUAUAGUGCAUCUGUAAAACACCAAUUAAAUAACACUGGUUUCAUUCCAUGCAAGCAUUACACAGUGUAUUUAGGUUGCAAGAUAUUGUGUUGAUUAUUAAAAUUUAACUACCUUCAAUUAAUAUGCUUGAACUGUCGCCUUAACUAUGUUAAGCAUCUAGAAUAAAAGCCAAAAUAUAACUAUAGCUGCCUUCUGAAACCCAAAAUGCAGUUCUAUACUAAACUGAAAUGUACACUAGCCCAGAAUAAUUUAAUGAUACAUACUGAGCUAUAGCAUCGCUGCUUAGUUAGUUACAUUUGAGAUUCUCUAGUCAUUGUGUAACGGAAACUUCUUUCUUCUAAAAGUUACUGGUAUCAUUUUCUGAAAAGUGAACUACUAUAUUUAAUGUAAAAAUUCUUAUACUAUAAGUGGGAUAAACUUUUGACUCCCUUGUUUCAUUUGUAGAUUAAGUGGCAUAAUACCUAAUUUUGAUAUUUCACUCUUACCAGUAUGUAACCUAGCUACUUUGAGAUGGUCUUAGAAUGUUGUCCUGGUAAUUGGUUCCAUUUCCUGACUCCUCCCUGCAAACAAAAUGGCAUUGACACUUUAUCCUGCCUUUUUUUCUUUGUGGUUUAUGCCUACUCUAAUUAAAUAUGUAUAAAUAAAGUUAAAUUUUAGUCUG